CCCCUGCCGCCAGGUGCGCUGUGGCGGCGGGAGGCGAGCGCUUCUCCCGACCUCGGGCACCGGCCGCCCGCAGCUGCCCGGGCUCGGCGUCGCACACCCUCCUCGGCCCAGACGGGCUCCGCGGAGGUUGACGCCGAGCUCGGCCCCGCUGGGCAGCGGCGAUGAACUGAGCUGGGAGCUCCGGGAAGGCGGCGGCCGGGCCGGGCCUGCGCUGCGCAGGGCGGAACGCGCCGGGCCAGGCCGCGGUGCGCGGGGAAGGGUGCGCGGCGGCACCGGCCGGCGGCGGAGGGGCGGCCGCCAUGGCGGUGGACAUCACCCUGCUGUUCAAGGCCAGCGUGAAGACCGUGAAGACCCGCAACAAGGCGCUGGGGGUGGCGGUGGGCGACAGCGCCAGGGACGAGCUGCUGAAGCGGAGCGCCGCCCGCUCCAAGAGCGACUUCACCAGCCGGGCCCGGGAGGUGAUUUCUCAUAUUGGAAAGUUGAAAGAUUUUCUUCUGCAACACAGAAAGGAUUACAUUAAUGCUUACAGCCAUAUUAUGUCUGAAUAUGUGAGGAUGACAGACACAGAGCGUGAUCAGAUAGAUCAAGAUGCUCAGAUAUUUAUGAGGACCUGCGCUGAUGCCAUUAAUCAGCUGAGAACAGAAGCACACAAGGGUGUCCAGUCUGCUCAGGUGAAGGAGCACAGAACAGCUGUCUUGGACUUCAUUGAAGAUUACUUAAAAAGAGUGUGCAAGCUGUACUCUGAACAAAGAGCCAUCCGAGUUAAGCGAGUGAUAGAUAAGAAGAGACUGUCCAGACUUGAACCUGAGCAAAGCAACAUCUCGAAAUCACCUCUUUCCCCUGAAAAAUCUUCACAGAAUUCUUUAGAUGAUUCUGACGAAAAACUUUCUGCUGAGGAAAGCAAAGACAGGAACCUGCAUGAUACCCAGAGUAACCUUGGAUUAUGGGGGAAUGGCAAAGAUGAAGAUGAGCUGUCACCAGAAGAAAUACAAAUGUUUGAACAGGAGAACCAGAGACUCAUUGGUGAAAUGAACAAUCUCUCUGAUGAAGUAAGACAAAUUGAAGGAAAAGUGGUGGAAAUAUCCAGAUUACAAGAGAUAUUCACCGAAAAGGUCUUGCAGCAGGAAACUGAUAUUGAUAAUAUCCAUCAAUUAGUUGUGGGUGCAACAGAGAAUAUCAAAGAAGGGAAUGAAGACAUAAGAGAGGCCAUCAAAAACAAUGCUGGAUUUAGAGUAUGGAUCCUGUUCUUCCUUGUGAUGUGUUCAUUUUCCUUGCUUUUCCUGGACUGGUAUGAUAAUUAAAAAUAUUGUCUACAUGC